AAAGGUGAUGUGCUUGCUCUUCUUUUCGGGAAUAAGUAAUAUGAGACUGCUUUUUCGACCCGGUGGAGAAAAAAAAAUUGCAGUUUUUGACCCGAUCCACGAUCCGAAAACCACUCCGCUUGUCGACGGAUUGAUGAAAGUGACAUCUCCCGGUCCUUCUUCCUCCCCUCGUAGCUUGUCAGGCAGUGAAUAGAAUGGUUCGAACCAAAAAAACAGCACGACUUCAGACUAUGAUCAAUGGUUUGCGGUCCAGUGAAGAUAUCAAAAAUGGCUUGAUCGAGGCUUCAAACGCGUCUCCUCGUUCCUUAUCAAGCCCUCAGGCAUCGUCCCGAGGAUCGACAGCAUCCACAACCUCUGGCGAUGCAAACAAAAGACCAGAAUGUCCAGAUAACAGCCAUUCGACACAUACCCUUGUUUCAUACCCCGUGGUUGAAGGACAUUAUGGCGGGGUGUUGGACAGUCUGAAUAUCAUGCAUCGUUUUUCGUUUCUGCCGUCCCCGUUCGCUCUUUCGCCACACUAUGAUCAGUUACUCAAGAUGGAAAGGGAACGUAAAUGGAUUAAAAUACGAGCUGUAUGUCAUGAUGUGACAGAGGAAGAAAUGCAUCUCAUGCUUACAGAUUGUCAAGAAAACGAAGAUGAAGUGAUGUUGCGGCUCAUCACGCAAGCCGACUAUUUGGCCAACAUCCGUCGACUCAUAAACUCACAGCAGAACCAUACAGCAAAGAAGCAAGAGACAGCAGCACGUCCACUAGUGUUGUCUGCCCCUAAACCCCUUCCGGACCUGAUUUUGCCUGCUCCGCCAACACAAAAAGUGGAACCGCUUUCACCGCCAACGCCAGUGCCACAGGCAUUGGAAAAAAAGAUUCAAUUUACACCGAUACAGCCAAAAAUAGUGCCCAGUACUGUUACUGCUCAGCCGCUAACCGAGGCAUCUCCGGUACCAACCACUAUAGAAAAACCCGCGAAAAAGGAUAAAAGGUGGAACCGUAUGAAUGGCCGAUUGGCAUUGGAUGAUGCAUUGAAGCAGGCGGAAGAGAAAAGCAACUUUGAAGGGUGGUCUCAAGCUCGCAUUCGUGCAUAUCAAAUGAUUGAUCAGAAUCCCAACAGUUACUACUAUCGGUUCAAUGCGCCUGGAGAGGAACAGCGCAAAGGGCAAUGGUCUGAAGAAGAAAAAAGACUCUUCUUUGAUCGGCUCAAAGAAGUGGGAGCAAACUCACAGUGGGGUAUUUUUUCCAUGGCCAUUCCCGGCCGCGUAGGAUAUCAGUGCUCCAACUUUUAUCGACUGUUGAUUGAAACACAGCAGAUUCAUGAUCCGAACUACGUGUUGGAUGAAAAGGGCAAGGCACAUUAUUUAUUUGACAAGAAAACUGCCGACGGACAGGUGGAAAAGAUCUUUCGAAAACACAGCAAGCAUGGUUCACACAAGCCAACCGAUAAUGCAGACAAACGCAAACCAAAGAAGCGGAAAAGACGAUACGAUACUGAUGAAGAUUCGUCGGGCGAAGAUGAGGAUGAUAAAGAGUAUAAGAACUACAACGUUAGUCGUCGUAUUACCCGACAAACGGCCCAACCUUGAUAAAACCCAAAGCGAUCACAUACACAGUGUGGAAAAUAUGGGCAGUCUUUUUUCAGAAAUACACAACUUUGACACUGCAUAAUAUGAUAUUCCUGUCUCUGUUUAGCCUCUGCAUGAAGCACUGCCUGCUGAGAUUGAGGAGCUUGUUAUUCACGUACACAAUUGAUUUGAAAAAUU